AUGGGCUCAAAAGGCUCGUUUCAAAGUCGGCGACUUUAUCGGUACCCACCAUUUCUGACUUUUCCUCUGUUUUCUAAUGGAUGCUCUGUUUCUUACACAAUCACUCACUUGUUUUCUUCUUCAGUUUUCCGGUACGAAGCUGGUAAAGACUCGGUUUUGGAAGUAACACGAGAUGCUUACAAGAACUGCAACACCACAAACCCUUUGGCUAACUACACCGAUGGAGGGACCAAGGUGAAACUUGACCGGUCUGGUCCAUUUUACUUCAUUAGUGGAGCUGAUGGUCACUGUGAGUAUUGGGAGAUCAACGAGAUCGACCGUAUCAAAGAAUAUCUAUAA